AUGGCGGAAGAAGAGCGCCCGAGGAAGCUCCAGAAGCUUGAUGUUCCUGACAACGAUCCUACUCCUGGAGAGCUUGGUCCCGCAAUGACAGGCGCCCUUCUCGCCGACGAGUCGAAGCAGAAUACUGCAGCUACCGGGCAGAAUCCAGAAGAGGCUGCCACUUCUACAACCGAGGGAGAAGCCAAGGAAGAUAAUGCUCCAGCUGAGAAUGUGGACGCGACAGCAGGAAUGUCCAAAAACCAACUUCGGCGACUACGCAAAAAAGAGAAAUGGGAGAAAGACCGCGAACACCGGAAAAGCCAGCGGAAGGAAAAAGCUGCUGCGAAGAAAGAACGACGCCAUAAAAUGCUGGAAGAAGCUCGCGCUACAGGUGGCGAGGAAGCGGUCACUGCAUUGCGCAAGUCUUGGGCCUCGACCCGAGCUUUAAAGCACAAAUCGACGUUAAUCCCGUUAUCCAUUGUCAUCGACUGUGGCUACGACGACUUGAUGAACGUCAAAGAACGAAUUUCUCUGGCUUCUCAAUUGACUCGUGUCUACUCCGAAAACACCCGUGCACCCUGGCGCUCGCACCUUAUGUUCAGCUCUUUCGACAAGCUUCUGAAGGAACGCUUCGAUACCGUGCUUGUUGCGCAUAAAAAUUGGAAAGGCAUUCAGAUCAUUCAGGAGGACUUUGCCAGGGCAGCUGAGCUUGCGAAAGAACACAUGGCGUCUCCAAAAGGUGGCGCCCUUGUUGGUCCCUUCGCCGAUCAGACUGAAGCCAAGCCCGAGGAUGGCGAAGUCAUUUAUCUCAGCAGCGACAGUCCCAACACAUUGACAGAGCUCAAGCCUUACAGUACAUACAUAAUCGGUGGCUUGGUAGACAAGAACCGAUACAAGGCUGUUUGCUACAAAGAGGCAUUGAAGAAGGGGAUGAAAACAGCCAAACUUCCUAUUGGCCAAUAUAUUCAAAUGGCCUCUCGCACUGUUCUUACAACCAACCACGUGGUGGACAUCAUGCUCAACUGGCUUGAGUUGAAAGAUUGGGGAGAGGCAUUCAUGAAGGUCAUUCCACCACGCAAGGGAGGGAAGCUAAGAACUCAGUCAAAUGAAGCUGAUGAUAAUGCGGAGGAGGUUGAAGAUUAUGCUGAGGAUGACGUUGAGGAUGUAGCCGAGGAGGAUCAUAUUGCUGCGGUAGAAGCUGCAGCAGAUGACGGGGAGGAAGAGUAA